GAGGGGUCAUAAGUCAUAACUCAUCUGAAAAUGGAUAUCCAGGGGGUCAAGAGCGACAAACCGACAAAUCCACUUCUCCACUUUCAAGGCUUACUUCAUAUCUGUCUCUGUCAUAUGCAACUCUUCGUAUAUUCUAGUGUUUCCUACUUUCCUAUCUCCAACUGCAACGUCCUUUGCUUCCUUCUUUCUUCUUCCGCCAUUUCUUCGGUUUCUUCGCGCAUUCUUCUAACUCAAGAUUCACAAAAUGUCGACGAUUCCUUUCACCUAUUCCACCCACGCGCUUCCUCUCUUCUAUUCUCGCUACAGCACCUACACCUUCGCCAGGAUCAAACCUUCUAUACGCCGUCGUUUUUGCGUUUACUGCCAAAUUGACUCUAAGGUGCGAACGUGCGAGACAAAGGAAGUACAGAUAAGAAGGUGCUCCCCUUUACUAGAAAGUUCACUGCUUUCUGUGAAUGGCGUGGUGGCCUCGGAUGAGUGGAAAGCUAUUCCUGACAUUUGGAGAUCCUCUGCUGAGAAGUAUGGUGAUAAAGUAGCCUUAAUAGAUCCAUAUCAUGAUCCUCCUUCAACAAUGACCUAUAAACAGUUGGAGGAAGCAAUAUUGGAUUUUGCCGAAGGCUUGAGAGUUCUUGGAGUAAAACCAGAGGAAAAGAUUGCACUUUUUGCUGAUAAUUCAUGUCGCUGGCUUGUAGCAGAUCAAGGCAUGAUGGCAAGUGGAGCAAUCAAUGUCGUGAGGGGAACAAGAUCGUCAAUUGAAGAGCUGUUUCAAAUAUACCAACACUCUGAAAGCGUUGCACUAGCUGUGGACACACCUGAAAUGUUUAAUCGGAUUGCAAAUUCAUUCUAUGCAAAGGCUUCCAUGAGAUAUAUUAUUCUUCUUUGGGGAGACAAAUCAUCCCUGGUUUGUGAAGGAAACAAGGAGGUGCCAGUCUUCACAUUCACAGAAGUCAUAGACUUGGGACGUGAGAGUCGCAUGGCAUUGAUUGAUUCUCGUGAUGGUGAUAAUCAAUUUAAGUAUGAAGCAAUUAAGUCUGAUGAUAUUGCUACUCUUGUAUACACAAGUGGAACAACUGGAAAUCCAAAAGGUGUUAUGCUUACUCAUCGGAAUCUUUUACAUCAGUGUGAGUAUUUCAUUUUCUCAUACGGUGUUGAACAAGUAUACACAACUGUGAAAAACUUAAAGGAUGAUUUGAAGCGUUAUCAACCACAUUACUUGAUUUCAGUUCCUCUAGUUUAUGAAACAUUAUAUAGUGGCAUCCAGAAGCAGAUAUCUACAAGCUCCCUAAUCAGAAAGCUUGUUGCACUCACAUUCAUUAGGAUCAGCUUAGCAUACAUGGAGUGUAAGCGGAUUUAUGAGGGUAAAUGUCUAACAAAGAAUGAGAAGCAGCCUUCUUAUCUGUAUUCAACGUUGGAAUGGUUGUGGGCAAGAGUAGUUGCUGCAAUAAUAUUUCCAAUUCAUAUGUUGGCAAAGAAAGUGGUCUACAGUAAAAUCCAUUCAGCUAUUGGAAUAUCAAAGGCUGGAGUAAGCGGUGGUGGAAGCUUACCUAUUCAUGUUGACAAAUUUUUUGAGGCUAUUGGUGUUAAAGUGCAGAAUGGAUAUGGUUUAACAGAAACUUCACCAGUUAUUGCUGCUCGGCGACCUGAAUGUAAUGUUAUUGGAUCUGCUGGGCAUCCAAUUAGGCAUACAAAAUUUAAAGUUGUAGAUUAUGAAACUGGUGAAGUUCUUCCACCUGGUUCAAAGGGAAUUUUGAAAGUGACGGGCCCAGCAUUGAUGAAGGGAUACUACAAGAAUCCUUCAGCUACAAAUCAGGCCUUGGAUGGAGAUGGCUGGCUGAAUACUGGUGAUAUAGGUUGGAUUGUUCCCCAUCAUUCAACUGGGCGGAGUCGCCAUUCUGGUGGUGUGAUAGUUCUGGAAGGUCGUGCUAAAGACACUAUUGUGCUUUCAACAGGCGAAAAUGUUGAACCAGGUGAACUUGAAGAAGCUGCCAUGAAAAGUACCCUCAUACAACAAAUUGUCGUUAUUGGCCAGGAUAAGCGACGUCUUGGAGCUUUAAUUGUUCCUAACAAAGAAGAAGUCUUAAAAGUGGCAAGGGAAUUGUCAGUUAUAGAUUCAAACAGUUCAGAUAUCAGUCAGGAAAAAGUGACCAGCCUAUUAUAUAAAGAAUUGAACACCUGGACAUCUGAUUUUUCAUUUCAAAUUGGUCCAAUUCUUGUCGUUGAUGAUCCCUUCACGAUUGAUAAUGGGCUAAUGACACCCACCAUGAAGAUCCGAAGGGAUAGAGUUGUGGCUCAAUACAGGGAUCAAAUAGAAAACCUAUACAAGUGACAAACUUAAAUGGUGUGCUACGAGUGUUUGUGUAU